UUCUGGGUCUUUUCUUUUGUUUUCGGGUUGUUGGUGUUUAGCUGUUUGGACAUUAUUUUUCCUCGGAAAGAGAUGUGGGAAUGUGGUUCGAUCUGUACAAUGUUGUCUGACAUUUGAUCUUCUGGGUCGAUGUUCUUUUGAUUUCUUAGAGGUAAUGGGGAGAGAACCUGUGGACAAGCACAUGGAUAAGAAGUCAAUUAAUCGCGUAGCACAUUCAAAUGGUUCAUCCGAUGGAAGCAAACUCCAUGGCUUUACCAAGAUCUCGGAGGAUAAUGCUGAGGUCGACGUAGUGAAGGAAUGUACUGAGCAGAACUUGGUUGCUAAAGAUGCCCACGAGAUGCAAGAAGUUCUUGACGUUAAAAGCAGAAAUCAUGAUGAGAGAAAUGAUAAUGUCGGAUCCAAGAAAUCUUCUGAUGAUAAGAAACUGAGCUCCUCGCCUCCGCUUAAUUCCCGUGGUAAUGGAAACCACACGGUACCGAAAUCAUUUGCUCUGGCAACUGAAAAGCGGGCUUCACCCCUGUCUCGUACUGCUGGAGUUAAUAACAACUCUUCAGGAAAUGCUAACAGCUCAAACUCUCCCACUGCAUCAAGAGGUUCACAGCCCGAUUCCCCCCUUACGGCCAGGAAGCCAACAGAACACAUACAACAUCAUGAUGAAGAAGAUGGCUGGUCUGUUGCUUCCUCCUCGGCUACAUCUAUGAAAACAGUUAAACCCAAGGUAACGGUCGGAGUUGCUCCAACGUUUAGGAGCACUGUCCGGUUGGAGAGACGGAAAGAGUUUUACCAGAAACUAGAGGAAAAACACAAAGCACUUGAGGCAGAGCAAAAAGAGAAUGAGCAAAGGCUCAAGGAAGAGCAAGAAGCGGCAAUUAAGCAGCUCCGUAAGAGCAUGGCUUACAGAGCUAAUCCGGUACCGAGUUUCUACUAUGAGGGUCCUCCACCAAAGGUUGAAUUAAAGAAGUUGCCACUGACUCGGCCCAAGUCCCCGAACCUUAACCGGAGAAAGAGCUGCAGUGACGCGGCUAACUCACAGUGUAAGGAGGAGGAGAAGGGAAAGCACUGUGCCCGACACCGCCACAGCGUUGACGGUUGCAAGGAAGAGCCUAAAUCCACAAACAGCCCGAGGACGGCCAAAAUCAACGGGAAUCAUCCAAGAAAAUCCACAAAGGGAACUCCAAAGACAGCGACAGCCCGAGCGGUCGAAGAUUCCCGUGAGAAGAUCACGGGAGAGAUCACGAGAGCCGUUUCAGGAGAGACGAGUGUGGAGAAUGGUGAAACCGUUGCUUAGUUUCUUCUUCACUGACUUGGAGAAUGAGAGAAAAAGAAAAAAAGGGUGACAAGAACAAGCUCUCUCUCUCUCUCUGAAGAACCCCAAAAGGAAAACCAAAGGAAACAAGAACAAGGUGUAAAGGUUGUAUAUAUACAUAUAUAUAUAUGUAUUGGUAUAUUGUUUGCAGAUGGAUUGUUCUGAAAACGAAGAACAACUGACUGUUCAUCUCUUGUAUGUUUUCUUUUAAAAUUUCUGUGUUUGUACGGCUGAAACGACUGCUUGUUUGAUAUGAGAAUUGAUGUAACCCUGUACACUGAGGUUGCAUUAAUAUA